AUGCGGGUCCAACUUUUUUUGACGCUGCUUCGGGUCCUGAGCCGGAUCCGGGGAGCCGGGGAUCCGCGCGCCGACGGCAGGACCAUCACCUUCCACAACCAGCGCGACUUUGUGUUCUUCAGACACUACAGGUACAACUUCUCGGAGGAGGGCACCAAGUGCAAACUCCAAGAAAUCGGCCCGCGCUUCACCAUGAAGUGCAGAUAUCUUCAGCACGGCACCUUCGAUGCCAUCGAAGGGGAGUAUGAGUACAUUUGGCGGCCCGACUCGCAGGUGAGCAGGAAGAAGUUCUUCGUCUAA